CUGGAAACUGAACCACAGACAAACAGCUGCUCAGCUCCCAGCUGGAGUUUCACCUGAACUUCACCUGAACCGGCACCGACUGCACACACAGGAGGAAGAGGAGGACGAAGGAGGUGAGCGAGGAUGAGGAGGAGAGGGGAGCAGAGGGAGGACAAUGCCACCCUCAUAACCAUGGAAACCAAUCCGGACAAAAACUACGGCAGCAUCACCACGAAAGCAGCUGCUCAGCGUCCGGACAGGAACGUCUUCAGCGCUGGGUCGACUCGAGUUGAUUUCGUGCUGGCGUGGGAGGAGCCUCUGAGCUCACAGGAGGAGGAGAGCACAGGCGUUAACCCCGCCCACCUGAAGUGGAGGGCGUCCUUUCUGAAAAAACUGAGACGCUCAGGAUUGCUGCUGGAGCAGAAGGAGGUCCUCCGCAUGAAGGAGAAGGUCUGUUUUGUCCUCCUCAGUGCUCCAUGGAGCGUCCUCUGUUACUACGCUGAGGAGAUCAGUCUCAGGGUCCCUCUGCAGGAGGUCAACGCUCCCAUCACCAACUGGUCGGCGCAGGUUCUGUCCCAGCUGUCCCUCUCCAACCCUCUGUCUCAGGACGUCCCCAACCACCCCCCCGACUACUACACCUGUCAGUUCAGGACCAACAAGCUGCAGAGGUUUCUGGGGCACGACAACAGAGAGACGUUCUUCAAGACGACUCAGAGACACCAGGUGCUGUAUGAGAUCCUGGCCAGGACUCCGUACGGUUCAGUGAAACGGGGGGAGGUGGGAAUCGACCGACUGCUGGCUGAGCAGGUCUUCACUGCUGCCUACCCGCUGCAUGAGGGUGGUUUCGAGCUGCCGAGCGACUCAGUGCCUCCGGAGUCUUUGGGUCUGAGACAGAUCUUGUACUCGUACUGGGCCAAGUGGUCCUCCUGGAGACGCUACCAACCUCUGGAUCACAUCAGGGAAUACUUCGGAGAAAAGAUAGCGCUAUAUUUUGCCUGGCUCGGUUUCUACACCGGCUGGCUGCUGCCGGCGUCGCUUGUCGGGACGGUGAUCUUCGUGUUUGGGUUCUGGCUCAUGGCCACUGACGUUCCAGCGAAGGAGUUGUGUGAGAGUGGAGGCAGCUUCAUCAUGUGUCCUCUCUGUAACAUCUGCUCCCUAUGGAACUACUCCAGCAUCUGUGUCACCUUCAAGGCAGGUAUCAUGUUUGAUAAUGGAGGGACAGUGUUCCUUAGUGUCUUCAUGUCUCUGUGGGCCGUCACCUUCCUGGAGUACUGGAAGAGAACCUGUUCAGCUCUGGCACACCGCUGGGACUGUUCCGAAUUCCAGGACAUUGAGGAGCGUCCUCGUCCAGAGUUCACGGCCUUGGCGCCAAUGACCACGCGGAACCCGGUGACCGGAGCAGAGGAACCAUACUUUCCUGAGAGUAAACGCAUCAACAGAACUCUGACUGGCUGCAUGGUCAUCAUCGUCAUGGUUGUGGUCGUGCUGAUGUUCCUCAUCGCCAUCAUUCUGUACCGCACCAUCCUCAGAAUCAUCAUCUACAAGUCCAACAGCUUCUUAACCUUCUCUGCCGGGAGGAUAGCCAGUAUCACAGGAUCUGUGUUGAACCUGGUGGUCAUUCUCAUGUUGUCCAAAUUUUACACGUCGCUGGCCCACAUACUCACACACUGGGAGAUGCAUCGGACUCAGAGUAAAUAUGAAGACAUGUUCAUCCUCAAAGUUUUCAUCUUCCAGUUCGUCAACUUCUACUCGUCUCCGGUUUACAUCGCCUUCUUCAAAGGCAGGUUCAUCGGUUACCCUGGAAACUACCAGACUCUGUUUGGAGUUCGUAACGAAGACUGUGGAGCAGGUGGAUGUCUGAUUGAACUGGCUCAGGAGCUGCUCAUCAUCAUGGUGGGAAAACAGCUGAUCAACAACGCCCAGGAGUUCAUCUGCCCGAAGCUGAAGUCAUGGUGGCAGAACAGGAAGACGGGUAGUCGGCUGAAGGAGGUGAAGAAGGAGGAAGGAGUGGAGGCUCAGAGGGAGGUGAAGGGGGAGGAAGAGGAGGAGGUGUCUCCCUGGGAGGCAGAUUACCAGCUGCUGGUGUGUGAGGGACUCUUCAGCGAAUACCUGGAGAUGGUGAUUCAGUUUGGUUUCAUCACCAUCUUCGUGGCGGCGUGUCCCCUCGCUCCGCUCUUCGCCCUCUUUAAUAACUGGGUGGAGAUUCGUUUGGACGCUCAGAAGUUUGUUACUGAAUAUCGCCGCCCAGUGGGGGAGCGCGCUCAGGACAUCGGCAUCUGGUUUCCCAUCAUGCAGUUCAUCACACACGUGGCCGUCCUCUGCAACGCGUUUCUCAUCGCGUUCACCUCGUCCUUCGUCCCCCGUCUGUACUACCGCUACACCAGAGACAGCACGCUGAGCGGCUUCAUCAACUUCACUCUGGCAACAUCACCACGCAACUACAGCCGUGAACACACACCCUGCAGGUACCGGGGUUUCAGAGAUGAAAACGGCGAAUACCUCCCGGAGUACUUCCACCUGCUGGCCAUUCGCCUGACGUUCGUCAUCGUGUUCGAGCAUGUGGUGUUCCUCAUCGGGCGUCUGAUCGACCUGAUGGUGCCUGACAUCCCCGAGGAGGUGGAGAUGAAGAUGAAGAGGGAGCACUACAUGGCUAAAGAGGCGCUGGCUGAGAACCAGUCUUUGGGGAAAUCCAUGAUUCCUAGUGAAAGGGAUUCCUCAUGCAGCGACCUGCGACAGCGUCCGUCUUUACGACCACCGCAGAGCGACUCCCCUCCGCCAAACCUGAAGGAGAUCCCAGAGGAACCUGACCCAUCAGAAAGGUGCUGAAAUAAAUUGCACAAGUAAACUCUGUGCUGGAUGUUCUACCUCUGCCUCGACGUCCUGAUCUACUAGACUGAACUUCUUAUGAUCGACCUCUCGGACAACUCUAUAAGACCACUGUGAGACCUCUUCAAGGUCUACAAGAACUGGGUUGAGUCUUACAAGUCCUACGAGAACAUCGCAAGAUCUAAAAGACCAUUUUAAAAGACACUUCAAGACUGCUGCUGGAUAUGUAGAGGUUCAACCAGACCAGAUCUGGAAGACUCCUGCUUGACCUUUAGAACAUCUACUAAGGUUGAGUUGAACCUCUACACAUCCUUAAAAAGCUCUUCAAGAGGUCUACAAGACCUUCAGCACCCCCUCCACAAAGAUCUGCACGAGUGUCCUUAAAGUAAAUGAGAGUUUUUCAAAGCCCCAAGAUUUCUGCAAUGUUUCCACGUGAGCUUUUCAAGAAGCCAACAUGGCCUUGGUCCUGUGUUCUUUACUUACGAGACCUGUUUGUGACUUGGAGGAAGCCCACGAGAACAAGAACUUUAAAGAGCCCUAAAACCUUUCAGAAGGGUGCUAUGAGACCCUUGGUGCACUUAGUGUUUGUGCGCUUUUACAGGCUGCAACCUUUAUGCCCUUGCACUGUCAGUAGCUGUGGCUGGAGGCAUUUUAUGUUCAGGUUGUCUGACCAUCCCAUUCUCAUGAAUGUAAAAUCUCAUUGGAAUUUCUUCAAAUUUGGCUCAAACGUCCACUUGGACUCAAAACUUCUUAGAAUUUAGUGAUCAAAGGUCAAAAGUCAAAGUCACUGUGACCUCUUUUGUCUCAUUCUUGACAACACGAUAUCUCAAGAAGGCCUUGACUGAAUUUCCUUAAAUUUGGCACAAACAUCCACUUGGACUCAAAAACUGAUUAGAUUGAGUGGUUGAACAUCACUGUGGCCUCACAAAACAUUUUUGGCCAUAACUCCAGAAUUCAUACGUUGUCCUCCUGAGGGAUCAGGGUAAUACCUGACACGGUGGACGUUCCCUCAUUGUUACAUAUAUUUAUAAAUUAUAUUUCACCGUAUUUCAAAAGUUAAUUCAGUGAUUGAAUCAUAUAUAUAUAUAUAUAUAUAUAUAUAUAUUUUUUUUUAAAAAAGAACAGCUGUUGAUGUUGGUGAAAUAGAAAAUCCUUCACGUGCGCUGUCACUGCAGGAACCUUUCACCUGAAAAUGAAGACUUCAUUUCAGCUUUCCCAGAUCUUCUCGUCUAUGUGUCUCCUUUUCUCAGAGAAUAAUUCAGCGUCAUUAAUACAAAAUAAAUUGUUUCAUGAUGGCCUUCAGCCUGAUACCCAGCCUUCCUUGAUCUGGUUUUAUUAUCUCAUUAAUCAUUUUUUGUCCAGUAGCAAUGACUGAUACGAUGUGUGUCAUUUGUUUUUGUGCCACCACAAUAUGCCGUUUGGAUUGUGUAAUUUUUGCCAAAUUAAAAUCAUUUUUAUUCUUGUAAAGUUAAAUCUGUUUUUAGAUACUGUAUGUUUAGAUUCAGAGUCUUUUCUGUUUUCUUAGAGGAACAAACUUUUAAUCAGGUUUGUUGAAUAUUAUAUAUAUAUAAUUAUAUAUAUAACAGCCUUCGUGCAUUUAUUAACACGAAUCAUUAUUUUUUGUGUGUUUGUGGUUCUUGAGUUGUUUAAAUCGACAGUUUUAUGGAGCCAGAUCAGAGUCAAAGGUUUGAUCAUUUAAAAAAACAUGAACGUAACUGAGAAACUGAAAGUUAAGUUUUGAUCUUGAAUUGUGAAAUACACAAUGGUGUAUCUCAAACAAAAAUAAAAAAUGAAUACAUUAGUGAAGGAAACAUGUUUUUUCAGGUGAAAUAGAAUUUUGAUUCAGUUGUGAAAUUCUUUUAAAUAAAUUAUUUACACAUUUUUUUCUGUUAUAUCUAUUUUAAUAUUUGAGCUCUCUUUUUUUUUUCCAGUUGCAGAUUUAAUGUUUUCAGAUUCAUAUAAUCUCCUGAAGGCAACAAGUUCCCUCAACCCUCUGUGCAGAUUAAUCAAUAAUGAAAAGAAUCAUCUCUGUUCAGAAUAUUAUUCAGUCAGUGCUGCAGCAAGUAUUUAGAUCCUUCACUGCAGUAAAAGUACUAAUACCACACUGUGAAAAUACUCCAGUGAAA